ACUCAAGAACUUGGUGAGUGGUAUUGGUCAGUGUUCCAGAUCAGAAAAGUUUACACGGACUAAGAAAAUAUGUCAAUCAAUGCAUGUUUAAUUGCGAUACAUGCUAACAUAAUAGCUCAUGACUAUAAUGGCUGUCCUGAGACAUUCUAUUAAAUCAAUUCUUGUUUACGUUCUGUGUGUCUUCUACGCCAAGGCAGAAACAACGAAGAUACCAACCCAAUUUCCCAACAGUUCUUCAACCACCUUUUCAUCAUCGACAUCUGAUGAUCUAACAAGACCAGUCUCUGUCCAUUCAACCACUACCACAGAACAAUCAUAUUCGCCUACGGACACCCCGAUCACAUCCACCAACUCAACUGCUCCCGAGGCAGAGGGAAUCGAAUACAAACCAUGGGAAGUGUUCGGCGUCAUUCUGCUAUUGGCGCUCAUUGCCAUAGGAAUAUGCGCGGGAAUAGUUAUCAAGAAGCGAAGGCGACGGGAGAACCGGGCGAAGCGCCUAAAAGAUGAACCGUCAGUUCACUAUACGUCCAAGUGGAAUAGAAAGAACACAGCAGAUCCUCCAACGAAGAUAUUCUCAUCACCAGUUUUCGUCGACCCCUCUUCUCAAACUGUGCGCGAGGGGAGCGAGCGGUGCCCUUCAGAGGACUCCGUAAUCUCAUCAGAAGUGGGCGAAAUCCGUAUGAAAGAAGAUGAACUAUCGCCAUCUUUGAAUACUAUCCGCAGCGACGACAACAUACAAGGCAUUGGUGGUGCUUGUAAUGUGCAAAACGACGUGAAGGAAUCAAUUUAUGACGUUCCGCCCGUUCAUCAUGUCGACACCGCAAAGCUAGUAGACUGAGGAUGGACUAUGAAAAAACAUAUGAUUUUGUUUCUUCGUAAUUGCAGCACUAGUUUCCAUUGGCUUACGAGUAGUAAUUUGAAUAAAUAAGUAGUGAUUUAAA